AUGGGGGAGCUACCCAAAGCCUGGGGAAGGGGAGUCCGUGCUGGAGGUGACUGGAGCCGCGGCGGCGGCGGCAGCAGCAGCUGCGGUGGCGGCGCUCUCAGCCGCGGCAGCCGAGGCUGCAGCCCGGCCCAGGGCGGCUCAGCGGACAAUAACCGCGCUAGGAACCUGACCCGGCCGGACCCCACUGUGAUGCUUCCUGACUGAUAAUGUUAUAACAGUGCCUGGAAGCCUGAGGCUGAAUUUCCAGCUGGACGUACCUCAGUUGUCCCCAUCAUCAUGGAGACCCAAAAGGAUGAAGCUGCUCAGGCCAAAGGAGCUGCAGCCUCUGGGAGUACCCAUGAACAAACGACAGAAAAAGGAGCCAAGAACAAGGCAGCUAAGGCGACAGAAGGACCAACAUCAGAGCCAUCCUCAUCCGGCCCAGGUAGGCUGAAGAAAACUGCCAUGAAACUCUUUGGUGGCAAGAAGGGUAUCUGUACUCUGCCUAGUUUCUUUGGAGGGGGACGGAGCAAAGGUUCUGGGAAAGGCAGCUCCAAGAAAAGUCUCAGCAAGAGCAAGACCCACGAUGGGCUGAGUGAAGCAGCCCAUGGCCCUGAAGAUGUUGUCAGUGAUGGAACUGGCUUCUCCCUGCCUUUGCCUGAGUUACCCUGCCGAUUUCCCAGCUCUCAGAGUGCCCAUGGGGCUUUGGAGACAGGCUCCAGAUGUAACACGUCUGUGGCUGGAGCCACAGAGAAAGCUGUGGCUGAGAAGUUUCCCUCUAUGCCUAAGCCAAAGAAAGGCCUAAAAGGCUUUUUUAGCAGUAUCCGCCGUCACCGGAAGAGCAAGGUCACUGGGGCUGAACAAAGUGAGCCAGGGGCCAAGGGGCCUGAGAGGGUCAAAGCCAGGCCUCAUGAGCACGUGAGCGCAGCCCCUCAGGUGCCCUGCUCUGAAGAGACCUUCCAAGCCCCUAGAAAGGAAAAUGCUAACCCCCAAGAUGCCUCUGGGCCAAAAGUUUCUCCAACACCAGAGCCUUCUCCACCAACUACUGAGAAAAUGGCCUGUAAAGAUCCAGAAAAACCCAUGGAGGCCUGUGCCUCAGCACAUGUGCAACCCAAACCUGCCCCUGAAUCCAGUAGCCUAGAGGAACCCCAUAGCCCAGAAACAGGGGAGAAGGUAGUAGCAGGAGAGGUAAACCCACCCAAUGGCCCUGUGGGGGACCAGCUGAGCCUCUUGUUUGGGGAUGUGACAUCCCUGAAAAGCUUUGACUCAUUGACAGGCUGUGGUGACAUUAUAGCAGAACAGGACAUGGACAGUAUGACAGACAGCAUGGCCUCUGGGGGCCAGAGAGCAAACCGAGAUGGGACCAAGCGAAGUUCCUGCCUGGUGACCUACCAAGGAGGUGGGGAGGAGAUGGCCUUGCCAGAUGAUGAUGACGAGGAGGAAGAGGAAGAGGAAGAAGAGGUAGAAUUAGAGGAGGAAGAAGAGGAGGUUAAGGAGGAGGAAGAAGAUGAUGACUUAGAAUAUCUGUGGGCAACUGCUCAGAUGUAUCCAAGGCCCGAUAUGAACCUGGGCUACCAUCCCACCACAUCCCCAGGCCACCACGGCUACAUGCUCCUUGACCCAGUUAGGUCUUAUCCUGGCCUAGCCCCUGGGGAACUUUUGACUCCUCAGAGUGACCAGCAAGAAUCCGCCCCCAAUAGUGAUGAAGGUUAUUAUGACUCCACCACACCUGGAUUUGAGGAUGAUUCAGGUGAGGCCCUGGGGCUUGUCCACAGGGAUUGUCUACCCCGAGACAGUUACAGUGGAGAUGCCCUAUAUGAGUUCUAUGAGCCAGAUGACAGCCUUGAGAACUCUCCACCUGGAGAUGACUGCCUUUAUGACCUCCAUGGUCGAAGCUCUGAGAUGUUUGACCCCUUCUUAAACUUUGAGCCCUUUUCUUCCUCCCGGCCACCUGGGGCAAUGGAGACAGAGGAAGAACGGCUAGUGACCAUCCAGAAACAGUUGUUGUAUUGGGAGCUUCGGCGGGAGCAGCUUGAGGCCCAGGAGGCACGUGCCCGAGAAGCUCGUGCCAGGGAGGCCCACACCAGGGAGGCCUAUACUCGAGAGUCUCAUGGCAGGGAAGCCUAUGCCAGGGAGGCCCACACUUGGGAAGCUCGUGGCAGGGAGGCCAGAACCCGAGAACCCCAGGCCCGAGAGGCUCGUUCUAGAGAGACUCAAGUCCGAGAGGCCCAGGCCCGGCAGGAGAAGCCCGUCUUAGAGUAUCAGAUGAGGCCCUUAGGCCCAUCAGUGAUGGGCCUGGCAGCAGGGCUAUCAGGGACCUCUCAGAUUUCCCACCGGGGAAUUACCUCAGCUUUUCCCACCACUGCGAGCAGUGAGCCAGACUGGAGGGACUUCCGUCCUCUGGAGAAGCGUUAUGAAGGAACCUGCUCCAAGAAAGAUCAAAGUACCUGCCUGAUGCAGCUCUUCCAGAGUGAUGCCAUGUUUGAGCCAGAUAUGCAAGAAGCAAAUUUUGGAGGAUCUCCCAGGAGGGCCUACCCUACUUAUUCACCCCCUGAAGAUCCAGAGGAAGAGGAGGUUGAGAAGGAAGGGAAUGCCACUGUGAGUUUCUCACAGGCCCUGGUAGAAUUCACCAGCAAUGGGAACCUCUUUUCCAGCAUGUCGUACAGCUCUGACUCUGACUCAUCUUUCACUCAAAACCUCCCUGAGCUGCCUCCCAUGGUGACCUUUGACAUCGCUGAUGUGGAACGGGAUGGGGAAGGCAAGUGUGAAGAGAAUCCUGAGUUCCACAAUGAUGAAGAUCUUGCAGCCUCCUUGGAAGCCUUUGAGCUGGGCUACUAUCACAAACAUGCCUUCAACAACUACCAUAGUCGAUUCUACCAAGGCCUGCCCUGGGGUGUGAGCAGCCUCCCUCGACACUUGGGACUGCCUGGCCUGCACCCUCGACCUCCACCUGCUGCUAUGGCCCUCAACAGGAGAAGCCGCUCUCUCGACACUGCAGAGACCCUGGAGAUGGAGCUCUCCAAUUCCCACUUGGCCCAGGGCUACCUGGAGUCUGAUGAGCUGCAGGCCCAGCAGGAAGAUUCAGAUGAAGAAGACGAAGAGGAGGAAGAAGGAGAAUGGAGCCGAGACAGUCCCCUUUCCCUCUAUACUGAACCCCCAGGGGCCUAUGAUUGGCCUGCUUGGGCUCCCUGCCCUAUUCCAGUGGGGCCAGGUCCUGCCUGGGUAAGCCCUAACCAGUUGGACAGACCUUCCAGCCAGUCUCCAUAUGAGCAGGCAACCUGUUGCAUACCUCCUAUGACCACGUCAGUGUCACUAUCAGUGCCAGAGUCAAGGGCACCUGGGGAAUCCGGGCCUCAGCUAGCUCGUCCCUCACACCUACACCUGCCCAUGGGCCCUUGCUAUAACCUCCAGCCACAGGCCUCCCAGAGUGUGAGGGCCAGGCCUCGAGAUGUGCUGCUGCCUGUUGAUGAGCCCAGUUGCUCUUCCAGUUCUGAAGGCUUCAGCCCCAGCCCUCUACCACAGGCCAAGCCUGUGGGCAUCACCCAUGGCAUUCCUCAGCUGCCCAGGGUCCAGCCUGAGCACCCCCAGCCUCAGCCCACUCACUAUGGACUUUCCAGCCUUGACCUGUCAAAGGAGAGGUCCGAGCAAGGUACCUCUCUUGCCACCAGCUACUCCUCCACUGCCAUGAAUGGAAACCUAGCCAAGUAGUUAUCAUCAGUUCUGGAGUAGGGGCACGGGGCCUGAGCAUGUGA